AUGCUCUCUCUCCCCCUGGGGCGCCGCCGGCCUGGCGAUAACGCCUCAUCCGACGAAUCCUCCCGGGAUCACCGCCGCGGCGACCACCACCGCCUGCGAUCACAGCAGCUGCAGGCGUGGCUGCUGCAGCGGGAGGAGGAGGAGGAGGAGGAGUCGCUGCCCCAGCCGCACGCCAACCAAACCAGCUACUACUCGAAGGAGAUGGGGAGGAGAAGAAGAAGGCAGCUCCUCCCUGGCACGGCGCGAUUCCCCCUGAGGUGGAGCGAGGGGACCCACUUCGUCUACGCCCACGUCGGCACGCCCCCUCAGAGGGUCAGCCUCAUCGUGGACACCGGGAGCUUCACGCUGGCCUUCCCCUGCGUCGGGUGUGACAAGUGCCGCCCGAGGUCGCGGACGCCGUUCUGGGACCCCGGGGCGUCGGCGACGGCCGCGGAGCUGAGCUGCGACGAGUGCCACGGGGAUUACACGUGUUCCGAGUUCGAGCCAAAAUGUACGUACAGCCAUUCCUACAGGGAGGGGAGGGGGUGGACGGCAAUUCAGAUGGUAGAUGUAUUGAGGCUGGGGGGUGAGGAGCUCUCGGAGGAGGACGGAGGGGGCGAAGGGAAUGGUGGCUAUGACUGGCCGAAGCUCUCUUUCGGGUGCAUCCGAAAGCAGUCCGGGUUGUUCGACAAGCAGGAUCGGAAGUUCUCCAUCUGCUUCUCGGAGAAUGGCGGUAACUUGGUCCUGGGGGGGUACGACCCUGAGCUUCUAGUCCCUGGGGCCUCCCACCAGUACACCACCGCCCACUUCGCCCGUGGGUUCUUCGCGGUUGAGGUUUUUGGCGUCGCGCUUGGAGGCAGGUCCAUCGUUACCGCCGAGACUUUGGAAUUAUUCUCCCUGGGGACCGGGACUAUCGUGGACAGCGGUACCACGGAUAUGUACCUGCCUGUCGAAGUCGCGGACGCGUUCAGCGAGGCUUGGGAGGCGGCCACGGGGGAGCGUACAUUUUUUUUGUGCUGCGCUGCUCGCCAACCAACUGUGCGGUGGUGCUCUAAGGCGCACGACCUGUUCUUACUUCCCGCCAUGCUGAGCCUGGGCUUGUUGUGUUUUAGGGGUCUUGGUGCCGUAAGAUACAACCAUUACUGA